ACUGGCUUUGGUUGCAGGCAGAAGUGAUCACUCCAAAUUUACAGCUGAUUUGGUGACAACACACACAGACUGAGCCAGCAGGACACUGGGCAAAACUCAGUGGGCCCCAACCCUUGUGGUCCAGGGAUCUGCACCUCACAAAGACGCUGUACACUCACCGGGGUAGGUUGAGAAUUGCAGCAUCUGCUUGUGAGGCCCCUGAGGUGGCAGCCCCAGAGGGACCUAGACCCCCAGUCCAACCCUGAACACAUGACUUAGAAGUAGAUGUGAGUGGAAGCAAGUGCCGCUGUAGCAUUUCAUGCACCCACUCCCUGUGUAUUCUACAGACAGGCAGCCCUGCAGCAAUCAGACAAAGUCUGGCCAAGCCCUUAAUCAGCAGAGAACCUGACCUCAGAAGGGUUACAUGAGUGCACAUAAGGAGAAACAAGCGACUUUCCAUCCUGUUGUGUAACUAAUAGAGCAUGCGUGGUAUUUAUAUGAUCUGUCACUACAUACCAGUGCAAUUAAGAGUAAACAAAGAACUUUUUUUAUUUUGCAAAUGGAUUAUUACGGAUAAGGACAUUUUCAGUCCAGCUCGUACUGUGGAUUAGGAAUCAAUGAAUGCAUUCAUUUUCAAAAGAAACCUUCUUUAUAUAUAUUAGCUUGAGGAAUCUACUUGCUUGAUCCUACAUACAGUAGUGGAGAUCCAUAGACUGCAUAUCCUAAUGCAAUGCCUAAACCGGCAGAAACCGAAUGUAUGCCUCAGUCUUUGUCAUUCUCAGGCAGUGGCUUUCUAUCCGUGUAUCAUAUGGGUGCCAUACAAGCACUGUGGGAUCUGGCUCCUGAACUGCUGCAAUCAGCUCCCAAGGUAUAUGGAGCAUCAGGUGGUUCUCUUGCUGCUGCAGCUGUUGUAUUGAGCCUUAAUAUAGAUCAGGUGCAGAAAACCAUCAUUGAAGCUGCAACAGAAGCCAGCAAGUCUGUACUUGGGCCAUUACAGUCAAAGUUUAAUUUAAUUUUAAUUCUCCAAAAUGCCUUACGGGACUUUAUACCUGACAAUGCACACGAGGAGGCGACUGGCCGUCUCUAUAUUGGCGUUACGAGAUUAUCUGAUGGAAAAAAUAUAAUGAUUUCUGAUUACAAAUCCAAAGAGGAAGUUAUUCAGGCAAUCAUAUGUAGCUGCUUUGUCCCUAUUUACUGUGGACUUGUCCCUCCUUCUUUCCGAGGAGUGAGGUAUAUUGAUGGAGGACUUACUAGCUUUCAACCUCGCUAUGGCAAAACAUCCAUGAUAACUGUGUCUCCUUUUUCUGGAGAAAUUGAUAUUUGUCCACGGGACAGCCCUCUUUGUCAUCUUUGCUUACACGUAUGCAACACCAGUUUUCAGCUCACAAUGGAGAAUAUCAGUAGAAUGAGCUAUGCAUUAUUUCCACCCCCAGUCUGGAUGCUGAAUGAGUUCUUCGGCCAAGGUUAUAAAGAUGCUGCUGAUUAUCUACAAAGGGUUGGCAUCAAUAAGGCUCCGGGACAAACGGUUUCAGUAACACAGCAAUGUAAAACUGGUCUUAAAAUGAAAAUUCUGAAAGCAUAUCAGAAAAAAUGUAAAUAACAGACAUUUAGAAAGCCGUAUAUGUACAUAUAUAUACUUCUGUGUGAGAUUACCUACAGUCACACAAAGAAUGACGAGACAGUUGAGGAUUUUUUUAUUUUCUGGAGGCUUUGUUUAUCUAUGUCUUCAU